AUGACGGGGAGAAAUAUCGACCCUUUGUCACUUGAUGAGACCGUUGAUGAAGGGAAAGAGGAGAAGGAUGUGGAGAAGAGGAGAGCCUCGGUGUGGGAACAUCAGGACCUAGCCCAGAUUCCCAUCAAGGUGCUGAGGGGUCACACAGAUGCUGUCACCGGCUGCCACUUCUGUGACACCAAAUCCACCAAACACAAGUCCACCAAACACAAGUCCACCAAACACAAGUCCACCAAACACAAGUCCACCAAACACAAGUCCACCAAACACAAGUCCACCAAACACAAGUGUCCACCUGUCAAGUCCACCAAACACAAGCUGAUUACUGCAUCAUGGGACAAGACCCUAAAUGCAUGGGACCUGGAGACUGGCAAGAUCAUUUGGACUGCAGCUCAGGCUGGUCUCCUGACCUCAUGUAGCGUCUCAGAGGACGGGAAGUACGUAGUCUCCUCCUCCGACCUGGAGAAUGCAAUCUGCCUGACCUCAGCUGAUACAGGGGAGAGGCUCUUCCACAUCAAAGAUCACCACAAGUCUACGAUCACGCGGUGUCGGUUUGAUCCUCAGAGUCAGCACGUAGCCAGUGUCUCUGAAGACAGAACCAUCAAACUGUGGGACCUGGUCUCCACCCAAACCACACUCUCCAUCAACAGCACCCACACCAACGUCAUCUCCAACUGCUGUUUCACUGCUAACGGACGCUACUUGUGCACUGCAUCGUGGGACAAGACUCUGCAGCUGUGGGACGUCCAGACAGGAACGUUCCGUUCCCACGGUGGCCUGACCCUGAGCAAGGGACACGACGGAUCCGUCAGCUCCUGCACCUUCUCUGUGGACGGGUCAGUCCUGGUGUCGGGGUCUUAUGACAGAACAGUGGCUGUGUGGAACAUGGAGACCCUCUGCAAGACCCUGGAGUUGAAGGGACAUGCAGAUUGGGUGACAGAUGUGGCAAUCAGUGCGGACAGAAAAUGGGUGGCCUCAGCUUCCAAGGACACCACUGUCAGGUUGUGGAAUAUAGAACACUCUGAAGAGAUCCCUGCCGUUAUUGAGACCAGGAAGGCUCAGGGAAUGGGCUAUCAUAUCCUCCAGUGUGAGGAGUGUGGAAAGGCUUUCUCCAUUUCUCGACUGGAGAACUCCGACUUGGUCACAAAGUGUGUGUUCUGCCGAUUGAAGACAGAAACCAGAUCCCAUCUUCAACCUCCUCCUCUGUUGUCUAGUGUUCUGCCGAUUGAAGACAGAAACCAGAUCCCAUCUUCAACCUCCUCCUCUGUUGUCUAGUGUUCUGCCGAUUGAAGACAGAAACCAGAUCCCGUCUUCAACCUCCUCCUCUGUUGUCUAGUGUUCUGCCGAUUGAAGACAGAAACCAGAUCCCGUCUUCAACCUCCUCCUCUGUUGUCUAGUGUUCUGCCGAUUGAAGACAGAAACCAGAUCCCAUCUUCAACCUCCUGGAGUCUAGGACAGCUAUAGACAACACACCUGGAGUCUAGGACAGCUAUGGAGAACACACCUGGAGUCUAGGACAGCUAUGGACAACACACCUGGAGUCUAGGACAGCUAUGGACAACACACCUGGAGUCUAGGACAGCUAUGGAGAACACACCUGGAGUCUAGGACAGCUAUGGAGAACACACCUGGAGUCUAGGAUAGCUAUGGAGAACACAC